UAAAUUGGAUGUAUAUCAAAGAUAAGAAUAGUUCCACGUCGCACGAUUUGAUAAAAAAUUCCUAUAAGGAUAAUAAUAAAAACAGUAUUGUUCCGAAAGAGAUGUGCGACAAUAUUACUUGCAUUAGGUUAUGCUGUCCUUUCGGUAAUCGCCUGUUUAAUGGAACAUGCAUUGCCGGACAGGGUAAUUUUAUUUUCCUACCAAAGAUAUAUGGAUACUUUAAUGAUUUGUUGCGAAAUGAAAAUAAAAGCGUAGACAAUCUUUUUCUUCUGAUCGUUCACGAUCCCUGUCAGAAGACUGGACAGCCAUUCUCCAUUCCAUUCUCAAAUAAGAUAACGUUUUUCGUUAAUGGCUCUUUACAUCUACAUUCGUACAACACAAUUGUCAAAUCAACAUCUUAUUGCCUCACUAAUGUGGCUGGAUACAGAUUUAAUGUGAAUCUUUGUUUUAAGAUUAAGAGCAAGACCAUAGAUAACACUCAAAUUGUAUCUGUUCCGAUACAAAAAGUAUCGGACAAGUAUCAAACAAGUACGGUCGUAUAUAUAUGCGGCUUUUUAGCGACUCUACUAUUUUCGUUGGUGUUGUUUAUAGUGUACUCCAUAGUACCAGAACUCCGUAAUAUACAUAGCUUCAUAUUACGUGGAUACAGCGGCUCGAUAGUCAUCGUGAACACAGUCGAAUUGGUAAAGAUAUUCAUCGGAGGGGAUGUUAUAGAAGGCUUCAUCUGUAUCACAUAUGCUUUUGUCAAAUACUAUUUCUAUUUGGCACGCUGGUUCUGGUUAAGUGUAAUGAGUGUCGAUAUAUGGCGUAUAUUUAGAAAAUUGCGCUCGUUAAAAAGAGGUGCGAAAAAGAUAAAACAACAAGAAAGAAAGAAGUUAAUCCAGUAUUCCGCCUAUGGGUGGGGAGGCCCCUUUAUGCUCGCUAUCAUUUAUGCUAUUAUGGAGUUUGUUCCUGGUGUACCGGAAAACUUUCGACCGACAUUUGGCAAUGAUGAAUGCUGGCUUAGUGGCAAAGCAUAUUUGUUCUACUAUCUGGGAGUUGUAAUUAUUUGUAUUAUCAUUAUUAUUAUCUUAUGCAUCUGUACGGCACAAAAAAUCGCACACUACGAAAAGGACAUUGCUCAUUACCUGAAAGAUUCGGAGAGCCGACGUUAUAAAGACAACAAGCAAUGGUUUGGAUUGUACCUGGAGGCAAUUAAAGUCCUAUUUAUCAUUAUAUGCGUAAAACAUUUUAUGUACGCUAUACAAUCGUUCUGUGAGGAGUCAUCUGUGACGUCAUCUUCCCUCCUGUAUAUGUAUGCUGUGGUGGACGUCAUAGAGCAGUUUUGUAUCUUCAUCAUAUUUGUAUGGAAGGAGAAGAUUAGGAAGCUACUGCUGAAGCAAUUCGGUUGCCAGGGUCACGGUCUGUUUUCAAUAGGUCAACGAAUUAUCGCAUCCUUAAACAUUUGCACCACUACGAGAGAAACGACUUCUCUGUAGGAAAAGAUCAAUCCUUAUGGAAAAACAUCGCGCAAAGACUUCGUCCGAUUCGACCGAUCUUUAGUGCUAGUAUGCGCGACAGAAAGAUUUUAUCAUAGAUCAAAAUUGACAGUUAUCCUGUGAUUAAUUACAGUGCUAAAACAUUUUUAAUCGAUGAUUAAUUUGACAUUCUAUUUGUAUCGUAGUUGUAUUGUUUUGUGUAACAGAAUAAUGGUCGUAAUCUCUACUUGUCAAAUACAUAUUUGUUUAUUUCUCGUCUCUUUUUUUGUUUUCUGAUUCUUUAAUAAUAUAUUUGUAAGUCUUUAUUUUUAAUUUUCUUUGCAAUUUGCAUUUUCUAAUUUUUUGAUAACAUUUUUUAUUAACAUUAUCAAAGAACUGUUGCAACAUUUAUUAUGAUUCGUACAUAAUAAUAUUAUUGAAUUAUCUUAUAUUCACAUUAUUAUUAAUAAUGUAAUGGAAACAUAUUAUAUCAAGCGUGCAUAAAUGCGAUUGCUAAGUAUAUAAUAUUAUUCAUUAUGUAUGCAUAACGGAUGUUUUUGUUAACA